UCCACGCGUCUUCUCUCGUUCCGCCCGUCUUCCUCCUCUUCGGUCUCUGCAAAUCCGCCGGCGGUCAGAAGCUCCUGGAGCAAUAGCGCCUCCGGCGUCUGUAGAUCUCUGGCCGGCGUCGCUUGGUGCGCUUCCUCUCUUCUCUUCCUCCAGUAGACCGAUUGGCUUCUCGUUCGCUUUCUCUCGCACGUCGUCGGCUGUCGUCAGAGAAAAGGGAGAAUUGAAGCGAGGAAAUGAGGGAUGUUCUCGUGGCUAGCGAGAGCCGCGGCGGCCUGCAUCGGCCCGGUACUUCAGUUCAGGCCUUCGAGCAAGGAUGAAGACGAUCGCGACGACUCACUCCUCUGGUCCCGGGAUUUAUGCCCACACUCUGCUGGGGAGUUCUCGAUCGGCGUUGUCCAGGCUAAUGAGCGCAUAGAGGACCAUAGUCAGGUUGAGACUGGUUCCGCCGGGACGUUCGUCGGGAUAUAUGACGGGCAUGGUGGCCCCGAGGCUUCCUGCUUCGUCUUGGAUCACUUGUUUCCUCAUCUCAUGAGAAUUGCUCGAGAAAAUGGAUCAAUAAGUGAAGAUGUUCUUCGAAAUGCAUUUUCUGCUACUGAAGCUGGAUUUCUCUCUCUUGUUCGACGAUCUGCAGCAAUAAAACCGUCGAUUGCAGCCACUGGCUCAUGUUGUUUGGUGGGAGUUAUAUGGAACAAAACAUUAUGUGUUGCCAAUCUUGGUGAUUCUCGUGCAGUUCUUGGUUGUUUAGGUAGGUCUGGUAAUAUUAUUGCAGAACAGCUGACUCAAGAUCAUAAUGCAAGUAUGGAGGAAGUCAGGCAGGAGCUGAGGUCCUUGCAUCCUGAUGAUUCACAAAUUGUUGUGCAGAAGCAGGGGGUGUGGCGUGUUAAAGGCAUCAUUCAGGUGUCUAGAUCUAUUGGGGAUGCAUAUCUGAAGAGGCCGGAGUUCAUUGUUGAUCCAUCAUUUCCUCGGUUCCAGCUUGCAGGACCACUUCGUCGUCCUGUAUUAUCUGCUGAACCAUCCAUACGUACUAGAGUUAUACGACCUCAAGAUAAAUUUUUAAUAUUUGCAUCAGAUGGCCUUUGGGAACACCUGACAAAUCAGCAAGCUGUUGAAAUUGUGUAUGCAUAUCCUAGAAAAGGCAUUGCAAGGAGGCUUAUAAGGAUAGCUUUGAAAGAAGCAGCCAGGAAGAGGGAAAUGAGGUACCAGGAUCUGAAAAAGGUUGAAAAGGGGGUUCGGCGCUUCUUCCAUGAUGAUAUAACCGUCGUUGUGUUAUUUGUAGAUCAUGAAUUGCUCAGUAAGGACGUUGUCAUGCCUGAUCUCUCAGUGAAAGGUUUUGUAGACUCAGUUGGAUCGUCUGAUUUCUCCAUUCUGAAAGGUAUCUGAAAGAAAAUCAUCUGCAAAGGCACAUUAUAGAAUUUAGUGGAUGCAAGGUCAUUUGACGUACCUCCUACCAUCCUUUUCUGGUUAAUCAUGGUUAGGCAUGCCUCUGUUGAUCUGUCCGUUUAACAUUUUUUCAAACUUCUUAAUGAUAAUAUUCAUUUUAAUGAUUCCCAA